CGACCGCGAUACAGUUGCCUACUAUUAUUGUGUACGGUUUAUUUUUCAAAAAGAAAAUUCUUCACUGAGUUUGCGCACUGUUACUGCAAUAAAUUUAAUAAGAAUAGGCAAUGUAUUAGCAUUUUCCUCAAAUUGGCUUUUGAUCGUUUGUGAAGUAAACAGUUAUCGACUGCAAUGUGACUUUAACAGGAUAAUGCGCACAGAGUUCAAUUCAAAGUUAUUUGCUCCACAUUAAUCAUGGUUUCAGUGUGUGUGACGAAACGGUAACAAUCGUGCGUUAGUAAGUAAUGAAUCGCAGAAGCGCCUCGAGUGUCAAAGGUGAUAGCUGGACGGAGAUAUCGCGUAGUAGUGGAUCGUGUAUUUAGCGGGAGGAAACUCGCCGAGCCGGAUAUCUUCUGCAAGUGUGCCGCGCGACUCCGAUUUCACCCGCGUCACGCAAGUUCGCAGACUCGUGUCCGACGCGACGUUUAAUCCAAUUACUAUUUAUUAGAUUUGCAUGUGUAUUGUUUUGCGGUGCGAUAGUGAAAGUAAACGCGAUGCACAGCUGAGAUAACUGACGUCGGUCGUGACGACAUGGGCCAUGUGGAGAAUAUGCGGCGUCAGUAAAGCCGAGCAGCUACUGUUGUCUGAUGUCAUUGAUGACGAUUAUCAGCCAACAUGGCGGUUGUGGGGCGAGGAGCGAGUAGAUGGCGCUAUUUACACGGUCUACUUGAAGAAAGUUCGCUAUCAUCGGCCCACGCGCUGCGCUUCCAGUGAAUCUGACGACGAAAUCUCCCAUCUAGAGUGGGAGACAGUUCGGGUCAGGUUUGUGAAGGCGGGCACAGUCGAGAGGCUGGUCGAAGCUUUAGCUACUGACGAUGGCGAGCUGGAGUCCACAUACGUCAAUGUUUUUCUCGCCACAUACAGGUCAUUUGCGGAAUGCGGCAAAGUACUGGAUCUUUUGUUGCGACGAUAUGAAGCUCUUGCGGCGGAAGAUGUACUCUCAACAGGAUCGGAUACUUCGCAACAACACAGAAAGACUCUGGUGGCGUGCCUGCACGUGUGGCUGGACACGUACCCGGAGGACUUCCGCCAGCCGCCGCACCACCCCGCGCUGCAGCAGCUCCUCACCUUCACGCAGAUACACCUGCCCGGCUCCGAACUGCACUCGAAGGUGUUGCAGAAGCUAGCCGUAUUCAGCGCGGAGCGCAACGGCGGGGGCGGGGCUGGGGUGUGCCUGGCGCCCGGCAUGCGGCUGGCGGCGCACCACACGAGCGCGUACCGCCUGCCGCACGUGCCGCACCGCCACUUCGCCGAGCAGCUCACGCGCAUGGACAUGCAGCUGUUCCGCAAGCUCGUGCCGCACCAGUGCCUCGGCGCCGUGUGGUCGCGCCGCGACAAGGACCGCUCGCACGACGCCGCCACCGUGCUCGCCACCGUCAACCAGUUCAACGCGGUCUCCUUCCGCGUCAUCUCCACCGUGCUGCUGGAGCCGAGCCUGCGGCCGCUGGAGCGCGCCGACAUCCUCGCCGCGUGGCUCGACAUCGCGCGCGAGCUGCGCGUGCUCAAGAACUUCUCCUCGCUCAAGGCGAUCAUCUCGGGCCUGCAGAGCAACCCCGUCUACCGGCUCCGCAAGACCUGGGCGCUACUGAACAAGGAGAAGGCCGAACUCUUCGAGGAACUAGCGAGAAUUUUCAGCGAAGACAACAACCGAUGGGCGCAACGCGAGCUUCUCAUGAGAGAAGGCACCGCCAAGUUCGCCGAUACGGUCGGGGAGAACGAUCGUCAAUUGCAAAAGCUCCUCCACGAACGGGGCUCGCCCGGCGUCAGCCACGGAACGAUACCUUAUUUGGGCACGUUUUUAACGGACCUCACCAUGAUCGACACGGCCAUACCGGACACGGUCGCCGAUGGCCUCAUUAAUUUCGAUAAGAGACGCAAAGAAUUCGAGGUGCUCGCUCAGAUUAAGCUAUUGCAAGGUGCUGCGAACGCUUACCAUUUACCCUCCGAUCCGAUGUUCGACCGAUGGUUCGACUCCGUGAUAAUUUUAGACGACGCGGAGGCUCACCAGCUUUCGUGUCAAAUAGAACCGCAAACGAAUCCGCCUAAGGAGAGACGUCCCAAGAAAGUGAACGAAAACAAUAACCAUGGCCAUAGGAAAAACGAUUCGAUCGCUAGUACAAGUUCCAGUAACAGCUCGCAAUUUUACUGCGAGACGGAUGGUGUUGGGAACACUUGGAAGAGAGAUAGCUUAGAGCGCAGAUCUUCUCCUACGAGGCUAUCUCACGGCUCAUCGUCAUCUUCUAUUCCUUCAUUAGACGUGUCCUUGUCUAGCGCUAACAGUGGCCAGAAGCAGAACGGCAAGCAAGCAAACAGCCCGGCUCAUGCGAAUACACGUAACAACGGUCCUGAUUUUUAUAUAAUUCGCGUAACAUUCGAGUCGGACUGUGUAGAAACAGAAGGCGUGGUGUUGUAUAAGUCGAUCAUGUUGAGUAACAAUGAACGAACGCCGCAAGUGAUUCGCAAUGCUAUGCUCAAAUUGAAUCUCGACGGGGAUCCCGAUGGGUACACUUUAGCGCAAGUUUUACCGGAGAGAGAAAUGGUGCUGCCAGCGAAUGCUAACGUUUAUUACGCCGUGAAUACUGCAUACAACCUGAAUUUCAUCCUUAGACCACGAAAAUCGGAUCAAACCGACUCUGUCGUCAAUGGGAAAUCUAAAAACAAACGAGCUUGACUGUGUCUUGGUAUAUUUUGCUUCUCGUAAUUAUUGUUACUCAAUACUUCCGAAGCAACAUAAAAUGUGUUCUCCUUUAUAAGAAUCUCUAUAAAAUAUUAAUGAUAUUGAGUGAAGAACAUUGUUCCAACAACUUCAAUUCUUCUCAUGACUGAAUAUCAAUAAAUUUUCUAUACUCAAGAUAUAUUCACAUGAUUAUCAUCUGUCGUGUUAGAAUGAUUACCAGAUAGGAGACUUUUCUACUAAAUUUUGUGUUAAAGGGCGUAGGAUAUGAAAUUUUGUCUAAUAAACCCCUCAGCAAAUUUCGUUAUAUGCUCUACAAUUUUAUUAUAAAUCAUGUGUACUUUUAAACUAAUAUUAUUCGUUAAUCUUCUUACUUGGAUGCAUUUGAGAGUUUGCGAUAUGAGUAAAGAAAACUUGAAUUAUUUUAUUUUUGCAUGUUGUACUGAAUUCGUUAUUUGUUAAGCUUUUCCUUACUUGGCAUUUAUAUACGUUAUAGUUAUAUUGAACUCAUUUUUCUCACUAACAGCAUUAAAAGACUUGCACAAAGGGCUUGAUAUAAACAUAUUUUCUUUUAAUACAGUCGAUUUCUUAAUUUAUUUUUCUUACAUUUUAUUUUUUAGUUUUACAACGUUUAUAAAUUAAGUAAUUUUAUGUGAUACGCGUGGAAUAAUACAAUUUUGUAGUGCUCUGUAGUAUUAUUUUUUGUACUUAAAUAGGUUUUAUGUAAAUUUGCUGUUAAUAUAGAUUUAGAUGUUUGUUCAGGAUGCCACCAAUAUUUAGCGAUAGUGUCUGUUUAUAUGUUAUGUUAAUGUUGUUGUCAAAACUCAAUAUGUGUAUAUAAAGAGCGUGUAUAAACAAGAAUCUCCAGUAGGUAUUUAUGUAUAAUAAAUAGAGAGUAAACAUUUUAAUAUUGAGCCAAAGGCAUAUUAUGUCUAGUAGCGAGGUGCUCUUUGUAUAAUAUUGUUUAAAAGCUUUAAGAUAAUUGAAAACCGAAUUUCAUCUAGAAAAUUAACUGUAACCACUAUUUUAAAAUACUCUUAUAUAAACAAUUUCGGUCCGUUAUAAUGAUUAAACAAUGUAUUCGUUUGAAAUUAAUAAAAUAGAAAGCGUCUAAAUAGUUUAACUGUAUUUAUACUUGAAGUGCAUUUGUAAUUCGACGUGCCUACUUACCUUAUUAAUUUAAUAUCUCGUGUUUAUGACACUGGUUUACAAAAUAUACUCUAAACAAAAGACUAUAAGAUAUUUAAGAACUUAUACAUGAUAACUUUUUUAAACUGAACUGUUUUUUCGUAGUUUUUGUAAAUAAAUUUGUAGUUGUGUAUUUUUAAUAGUUUUCCAACACCAGUGUCUUGCAUAACGUGUUGUAUAAUAUCUAUGUAAUAAACGUUAUUAAUUAUUAUUAAA